GGCGCAUAUACUAACCAUGUUUAAAUGCAAAUAACCGCCUCAUCAACCCCUCAGUUGUAACCCCCGCACUCACUCCGAUAUCGUUGAGUGUCAAACAGCAUUCGGACUGAUUGCCCGCUGAUAAGUAUUCGGGAAGACAUCCCGAUCGGAUUCUUUUCCGUCCCCGCAGCCUUCAAGUAUAUAAUCAGCUUCCCACCAGCACGUCAUUGACAGAAUACUCACUCAAUUGAUACCCUUAUUUCCUAAAGACUUAUCACAUAGAAUUGAUACUACCUCAGCAUCACCAUGGGCUCCUCCGUCGCCGUCACCCCUCAACCUCGCAUCCCCAAAGCCGGCGUCUGGUGCCCCGCCGUGACCUUUUUCGACCAUAGCACCGACACCCUCGACCUCGACGCCCAAAAGAAAUAUUACCAGUACCUCUCCACGACCGGCCUCGCCGGUCUGGUCAUCCUCGGUACCAACUCCGAAGCUUUCCUCCUCACCCGCGAAGAACGCGCCCAACUCAUCGCCACGGCCCGUGCCGCCGUUGGCCCCGAUUACCCCCUCAUGGCCGGCUGCGGUGCCCACUCCACCAAGCAAGUGCUCGAAUUGGCCGAAGACGCCGCCGCCGCGGGCGCCAACUACAUCCUCGUCCUGCCCCCCGCUUACUUUGGCAAAGCCACGACUCCGGCCGUCGUGAAGCGCUUCUUUGCUGACGUCGCGCGCAAGAGUCCCCUGCCCGUCGUGGUGUACAACUUCCCGGGUGUCUGUAACGGUGUGGAUCUGGACUCGGAGACCAUCACCGCCAUCGUGCGCGAGUCUGCGGCAUCGAGCGGUAAUGGGGUCUCGAAUGUGGUGGGUGUCAAGUUGACAUGUGGAUCGGUGGGCAAGAUUACCAGGCUAGCAGCCACUUUCUCUAAGGAGGAGUUCGCGAUCUAUGGUGGUCAGUCAGAUUUCUUGAUCGGUGGUCUGGCUGCGGGCUCUGCUGGGUGCAUUGCUGCUUUUGCCAAUGUGUUUCCGAAGACGGCGUCGAAGAUUUAUGAUCUUUAUGUUGCUGGUAAAAUUCAGGAGGCAGUUGAGCUGCAGCGCCAGGCAGCGCUGGCGGAGAGCCCCUGCAAGAGUGGAAUUGCUGCCACCAAGUACGCAGCUGCGAUCUUCUCGGCUCGUGCGGCAGGUAUUGAGGGGGCAGAGGAGAAGCUGAAGCCCCGGACACCGUAUGAGGAGCCGGCGGAGGGUGCGAAGAAGGGAGUACAAGACUUGAUGAGCGCAGUGGCCAAGGUUGAAGGAAAUUUAUAAAUGUACAUGUUCUAAUAUGAAGAUAUGAAAUAUGCGAUGCGAAAUAAAAACUAGUUAUUCUACCUAUGAUCUGUUUGCCAGUUUCUGUUGUCUGUCCAGGUUUAGGUGGUCUUCUUUACCUUCCUGAUUCCGUCUUAAUCCUACAAUCUCCUCUCAAGGACGUCACCGAGCAAUCUAGGGUCCAUUAACUUGUACACACUAUGUCUUCCCUAAUAACCCCAUUUCCACCCAUUGGUGUCUUUCGCAGAGACCUGCCCGAAAUACCACAUCAACAUCAGUCCAAAGAUAAAGGCAUUGGAGCUGUC